AUGGAUCAUCUCAAACUGAUAAAUCUCAACCAAAUCGAACUAUUGGCGAAAAUUAAAAAGAUACAAAAAGAAACAGAUGAAAUGACAAAGCUUUUAGAGAUGGAUCUUGACCGCAAAGAACUGAAAGAGAUUCGUGAAGAAGUGAAUGAAGUUCGUCGAAGAUGUGAAAAACAAGAAGUAUUCCAAUCUGAUUUUGACUCAAAUGUACUGCUGGAAUUGCGUGAAAUUCGAAAUGUUUUAAAAACUAUCGAGGAUCGAGAGAACGAUCAAAAUGAGAUAAUUGCUUCGAUAAGGGCUGCAAUGAACCCGGAAUUAAGACUGAAUCCAUGUGAAGAUGUAGAUGAAUCAAAUCGAAAUAUUGAUAAAAAUAUAGGACAAUCUAUUGAAAAACUCAUCGUCGGUACAUGGGAGUCUGUCAAUUCGUAUUAUAGAAGAACAUUAACUUUCUCAUAUAAGAAUAACUCAAACGUGUUGCAUUGGGAGCAAAAAGUGAACGGUAUUCUCCAAGAUUUUCAUUGGGAAAAGAUUGGAAACAGAUUAAUUACCAAAUCAGUCACAUUGUUCACCACUGUUGAAAAUAAUCACAUGAAGACACGUGUCGAGUUUCUAAAUCAUGGCACAGAGGAUAUCACCCCAAUCAGCGAAGGAAUUGCUGGAACGUGGAAACCGUCAUCAUUGGUAGACUAUCCACACUUUGUUAAACCCGGGGACCCUGUGAAAAGAAGUCGUUGGCUUAUCGGACAACUGUCUUACUCGGUGACAAUGGGCUGCUUGUCAUGGGAACUCACGCCCACUGAAUCAUUGAAGAAUACAGGAAAAGAGACUAAUGUUCCUCUCAAAAAGCCGGUGGAAUACUCGGAUCACAGUGAAACGUGGAGUUUUGAAAACGAUGAUCUGAUCAUUGUUUUCAGAAACAAGACAGAUCAAAGUAUUAUCAAGAAGUACUAUAAAUUCAUUCUGGGUGGAAAAUUACAUAUUGUUUUUCACAACUUAGUUGAUAAUGUUACGAGUACUCGAAUCUACGAGAGAGUUCUCUGA